AUGAGCAGUGAGGAGCUGAUUAUAGAGGACAAGCAGCCAGAACAGUUGGAUUAUGUGCUUCUCCGGAUGCAGCUUUUGCUGAUUUCCAAUAAAAAGACGGCUGCCUCUAACUCUAAGGUGAGCUUGAAGCUCCUUAUUGAUUCCAGGAGUAACAAAGUUCUCUUUGCUGAAGCAGGGAAAGACUUUGUAGAUUUUCUCUUUGCUCUCCUUUCUUUGCCUCUUGGCACUGUCGUUAGGCCUCUCACAACAAACAACAUGGUGGGUUCCCUUGGAAAUCUUUAUGAGAGUAUCGAAAGCCUUAGUGAAACUUACAUGCAACCAAACCAAAACAAAGACUCGCUGAUGAAGCCCAGAGCUCCGACUUCUGCUUCUGAUGUCCCACUCUUGCUUCUUGAUGAUGAUAAACCAGUGACUAGAAAAGUCUACAUGUGUCCAAAUUAUCAUCUCAAUGUGGUUCAUGAUCAACGCUUGGUUUGUCCCCAGUGUAAGAAAAGGAUUUCUAUUGAGGUGCCCAUCGUAUCUCCAGAUGACGCAAAUGGGGAAUCAACAGGUAAAGAAGGGUCUGUCAAGGGGGCAGUGACUUACAUGGUAAUGGAUGAUUUAGCUGUUAAACCAAUGUCUACAAUUUCCAGCAUUACUCUGCUCAACAAGUUCAAUGUUAAGGAAGUUGGAGCACUUGAGGAAAGGGCAGUUGAUUUGGGAAUGGAUGACGUUGCAAGCUCUGGUUUGAAGCUGCUCAGGUCUUCCUUACAGUCCAAAUCAGUCUUAACAAAUGUCUUUCUGGGCAAUAUGAGGGCCUAAAGAUGUGGGUUUUGUUUGGAACAGAAUGUGUCUUUAACGUUUGUGGCAGAAUUUUUUAUCCUGUAAUGCUUUUGCCUUUAUCAUUGGGCUGCUUUUGAUGCAUCUUUUUGAAACUUAUGGAGUUUUGUUUGAACGGUUGUUCUCACGUUUUGGAUGUUUACCGGAUCCCAUUUA